UGCCUACUCAGCCUCCCCCAAGUUCCUGCCCCGCCGGGGCGCGUCACUUCCGCCGCCUACAGGCCGGGCUGGAGCGCGCAGCGCGGGGGAGGGGGCAGGUCCGAGGAAAGCCCGCCCGCGCUCGAUCAGGGACUACAUUUCCCGAGGGGCCUCGGUGGCGACGGCGGCGGCGGCGCGGUAACGUCCCCCGGAAGUGGAGCCCGGGACUUCCACUCGUGCGUGAGGAGAGCGAAGCCUGAGACUAGACGAGAGGCCGAACUCGGGAUCUGACAAGAUGGCCGGGCUGCCCCGCAGGAUUAUCAAGGAAACCCAGCGUUUGCUGGCAGAACCAGUUCCCGGCAUUAAAGCAGAACCAGAUGAGAGCAACGCCCGUUAUUUCCAUGUGGUCAUUGCUGGUCCUCAGGAUUCCCCCUUUGAGGGAGGGACUUUCAAACUUGAACUAUUCCUUCCGGAAGAAUACCCGAUGGCAGCCCCUAAAGUACGUUUCAUGACCAAAAUUUAUCAUCCUAAUGUAGACAAGUUGGGAAGAAUAUGUUUAGAUAUUUUGAAAGAUAAAUGGUCCCCAGCACUGCAGAUCCGCACAGUUCUCCUAUCGAUCCAGGCUUUGUUAAGUGCUCCCAAUCCAGAUGAUCCAUUAGCAAAUGAUGUAGCGGAGCAGUGGAAGACCAAUGAAGCCCAAGCCAUAGAAACAGCUAGAGCAUGGACUAGGCUAUAUGCCAUGAAUAAUAUUUAAAUUGAUCUGAUCGUCAAGUGUGCAUCACUUCUCCUGUUCUGCCAAGACUCUUCCUUUUUUGUUUGCAUUUAAUGGACACAGUCUUAGAAACAUUACAGAAUAAAAGCCCAGACAUCUUCAGUCCUUUGGUGAUUAAAUGCACAUUAGCAAAUCUAUGUCUUGUCCUGAUUCACUGUUGUAAAGCAUGAGCAGAGGCUAGAAGUAUCAUCUGGAUUGUUGUGAAAAGUUUAAAAGCAGUGGCCCCUCUCUGCUUUUAUUCAUUUCCUGCAUCAUGGUUUAAGUACAAAGCACUGUGAAUGAAGGUAGUUGUCAGGGUUAGCUGCAGGGGUGUGGGUGUUUUUCUUUAUUUUUUGUUGGGGGUGGGUAGUUCUAAUUGUGAUGGGCUCCUGUCCCCCCUUUAUGGUGAUCUAAUUGCAUUGGUUAAAAGCAGCUAACCAGUUCUUUAGAAUAUGCUCUCUAGCCAAGUCUAACUUUAUUUAGACGCUGUAGAUGGACAAGCUUGAUUGUUUGAACCAAAAUGGGAACAUUAAACAUCACAGCCCUCACUAAUAACAUUGUGACUUUGCUGUCAAGUGUAGAAUCCUCCCUUCAAGAAAAAGCUUGUGACCAUUUUGUAUGGCUUGUCUGGAAACUUCUGUAAAUCUUAUGUUUUAGUAAAAUAUUUUUUGUUACUCUACUUUGCUUUUGUAUAGUUUAUUUUACUGUGUUGAUUCAUUUUACCAAUGUGACAAUCGUAUUUAAAGAUAAAACUGAUGGAACAUUCUGUUUUGGUCUUCACCAUCUGACAAAUUGAAUGGCAAGAGGUGGAUUCUGCCAGUUUCUUUUCACUGAUGCAAAUUUGUGUUAAGAUAUCACUGGAUGGAGUAUUUGUAAGCUGGCCCUGAGCAUGCAUCAGUAUCUGACAUAUUUUUACCUCCUAGAAAUUUGAAAUAAAUGUUUGUGUUGUCUGAUUAGUUAGAUGAUGAUUGGUGUCUUGACACAAUGUCUGAAAAUUACUGUACAGGAGGAGAGUCACAGCAAAGCAGCAAUUGUGACUUGACUUUGUGUAGGACUUUCACAUGUGCCACAUUUGUAUCUGGCAUUUGGGUUAUGACCUUUUUCUUGGUUCUUGUCUGAAAACUUCAUGUAUGACCAUUAGUAUGUGCUAUUAGGAAACACUUGGGGUUUGCUGAGGCAUGUAUGAGUCUUCCUUAUGGACCUGAUGAGCAUAUCUCAAGCAACCAGCUUGUGUGUCAUCAGAAAGAUUUCUUCCUUUGAGAGCAUCAGACCCUCAGUUAAUGGUUCUUACUUUCAUCCCUCUAGUAUUUUCUGUGGAACCUCCUUUUAUUAUUUCAUUUGAUAUUCAGCAGUUUUUUCUGCAUUGACAGAGUUCCUUCCCUCCACCCAACUGUUCUUUGCUACCUUUCUCCAUAUAUAAUUCUUGAUUCUUGUUAUUUUAAAGUCAUCAGUGUAGCCAUCAUAAGUAUGUAAAUGUUAACCUGCAGGUUGGAACCUUUGUCUCUUGCAGGUUUUUUUUUUUUCUUGCAGUUUUUAAGGGAAUGGAUAUUGUAGCCCAUCUGAAUUUUCCCCAUUCUUAUUCUCGUAACUUCUGGAGUUUCUUCAGAAUGUGGUGUUUUUUAUUGUGCUCCUAUGUAAGAUGAAGAGUUAUCUAUUAAAAUUACAUUUUCAAUAUAAAAAAGUUUUGAUGACUGGUAACUGGUAUCCUUCCCAAUAAAUUCAUUGCUUGGAAACAAAUGUUAGUUUAAUUCAGAAUGAAAUUGUUCAUAACCCUAAAUAUUGUAAACUAAAACCUGUUAACAGCAGUUGCCAUUUAUUACACUUACUGGGCUGUUUUAGAGAGUAUCUUGGAGCUAAGGAAACAAUCUCAUUCUGGGGCCAAAAUGAAUGAACACUCAAGCAGUUAAGUAGAGAUCACCUUUAUUUAUUUAUUGCAGGUGGCACUGCUCAUGAUGAUAGCUAAGUAUUACAUAGUGAUUUAUGUUAUAAAAUUUCCAGAUUUAAGUCUUUUGCACUGCAAAAAUGUGUUUAAAAUACGACUCCAGUGCCUACUGAGUUCGAGUUAUAAAAGUACUGAAAUGGAAUAGUUGUUUUCAUUUCAAAUACAUGAAUUCCUAAUUUCAUGGCAUUAGGUUUUUUUCUUUUUAAAUUUUGGUAAGAGUCCUCAUUGUUUUGAUAGGACUUGCUUUCUCAACCAGUAGGUUGAAAUGAGCCAGUAUGUUGACUGAGCUUGCUUAGGAUUUAAGGGGCUAUGGGAGAGGCCAAGGUAGAGUUUGAAAACCGGCAGCUACAUCUGGCUUUUGGGCCAGUUUUCCUGGGCCCACACAGUGCAGUUGGUUAAAACAUUCUUAAUUCAAUGCCAACAUUUUAAAAGUUGGGCAAUUUUCAUGAAAAUCCAGGAUUCUGGUAACGUGAAUGAUCUGAAGUCUGACACCAGUGGCCAUGACCCAUCUUUGUACAUGGCAUCUGCUAGGAGGGUAGCAGCCACCCUAAGGAGAGCUGUUACUCUCUUCUUAUCCAGUGACUGCAGUUGGCUAGAGUCUCCUCCCACCCAUCCUGCUCCAUUAUUGUAGUCCUGUUGCCUUGUAAGCCUUUGACUUUCUAAGCUUAAGGACACAGUUUAUUUGAUAAAAAGUGUUUAAUAUGUUCCCAACACUGUACUACUUGUUGGGGGCAAUUAGGUAAAUGAGACUGGCCUGGGGUUUUCCCCUGUGGACCUUGCUAUCUAAUGGGGGAACAGGCAUGGACAAACACAACUCCUGUCACGGAGAAGGGAAGUAAGUACUUAGGAGAGGGGCUGCUCUUCUGGAUUUAAGCCAGAUGCACACCUCUAGGCAGGGGAAGAGAUGUGCAAAGCCCUGGGAGAGAGGGAAAGAAUCUGAAUAUAUUGAUGGAUACGUGGCUUGAAAAUCGGCUUUGCCCACUCAGAGCUGAGUUUUUCGGAAAUUCUGACCUGUUAGGAGCUUUAUGUUUUCUAUUUGUUUUUUUAUUUUACUAUAGUCCACUUGGCUGUGAUGUGCUUCCACAUUUGUUUAUCUUGGUCCUCUCAGAGACUGCCUAAUAAGAUCUUGGAUCUGGAAUAUGUAGAACUUAAGCCCUGAUCUAGAUAAAAAACAUACUUUAAUACAAAAUUUCAGAAGCAUUUGAGAUUAAAUGCAGAUCUAUACAUAAAAGGUAUAGGUGCUAUGUAUGGUCUAGCACUGUUAAAGAACAGUGCAGGGAAGGGAAUACAGUAUAGUACAAAACAAACUUUCUAGCUAAAUGGAACUAAAUGGUGUCAUGGGAAUGAUAGGAACUAGUUUUGUUUUUAUGUUUGAUGGUUCAAGAAUCUUUUUUGGCUAUUCUAGCCACAUCAGUUUUUUUGUUAGUUGCAGUAGAAUAGAGCCCUAUCUAGAAAAGCUAGCCAAAGAAGAUAAAAUGCCAUUAUAGGACAUCUAGUUCAUCAGUCUAUUUAAGAACAAUGUAAUAUUUCAUUGGAAUAAUGUAUUUUGGGGCUGGGGACAUUUCAUUUUAGCUAUUCAGCAUGCCGCUUAGUUUAAGGAAUUAUAUCAGGGGUUUAUUUUUUAAAUGAUUUAAUGAUCACAAAAGCAAAACAUGUUCAGUGUAAUAACUUGAAAUAAAAAGAAUAAAAAUCUGUAAUCUGCCACCCAAACUGGUGAUACUUUGUCUCCUUAACUAUUCCCCUUGCAUUAAUUUCCAUUUUUAUCAUUGAGGUUGGAAAUUGGAUGUGUUCCAAGAGUAGCUUUGCUACUACAUCUUUUUAUUACAGACAGGACAUUGGCUACAAAACUGGAAGUUGGCCAAGAAUUUUCCUUAUUAAGUAUAGAACUCAACAUGAAGAGUUUUAGUCCUCCAUCCUCCCCCCCGAUUUCAUCUUAGCCACUCCAGCCGAUCUCAUUGCACAUGUGCCUGUUACUGUGGGGUGUGCCAAAGGUAUGAAUGUAGACUUGCUACUGAGCUGAGUUUCUACUACUGACUUGAUGUAAUUGUUUCAGUUGCCAAUUGGGUGUGAAGAAGCAUAUCCAUAUUGACUGAAUAUUUAUAGACCUUGCUUUCUGCUUUUGUAACAGCAACAACUGAAAUUCCAUUGUUGUGUAAAAGUACAUUUUAGUGUUCAUUAGAACUUUAACAUUUCUCUGCUAAUCAUUGUGUCUAUAGGACAAAAAAUGUUUUAGAAGUUAGAGAAUAUUAUUGAUAGCCUCAUUUUCCUACUUUGUAAUUUUCUUUUUACAAACUCCCAAUCCAUUUUCACCUGCCACAUGACUCCUUUUGAGGUAGUUCCAUGAUCUAGAUUAGUCAAAUCCUAAUAAUUCUUAAGUUUCAUUAUAACCUAGCAAUUUACAAAGUAUUUUGGCUUAAGUUCAAAAGUAGACUACUCAAGACUUAUUCAGAAGUGUCAAAAGCAGCUUAGAUAUGAUAGAUGGUUGCAUUAGAUUUGAACUUGGUUUUGGCAGGAAGCAUUAGAACUUUGAGUAACUAAAGGAGUAGGGCCAGAUUAUUGCAAUCGUAUUUUUUCCUACUAAGACAGUAAAUAUUUGGGGCUUUGCAGGCCAUGUGUCUGUCUGAAAUACUCGGUUCUGCCGUUGUGAGAAAGCAUCCAUAGACAAUUUUGCUAACAAAUAGCAUGCUGUGUUGAUACGACUUUAAUUUUCACAUGUCAUGAAGUGUUUUUUUUUCAAGCACUGAAAAUGUAAAAAAUAAGCUUGUGGGCUGUACAAAAAGAGGCUGGGGUUAGGUUUGGCCUGCUUCUAGGCUCAGUUCACCCCUCCUGCCUUGGCAGUGAAGGACUACUACUCACUGCCUGUGUUACAAAGUGUGCCCCUCCCACUCUUAAGACGUUAUACUUCAUUAUUCUAGUAACAAUUGGAGAAAAGAUGUGUGGUGUGGGUUUCCUUUUCCUCUCUGAUGCUACUAUAUACAUACUAUGAUAAAAGGUAUAGAUUGAGCAUUCGUUCAAGCCCAAUUCUUUCAUGUAAGAUUACUUGACACUUUUACAUUGAAAACUCAGAAUGUUCUUUUUAAAAGUACAGAAAUUUAAGGAAAAUCUGAAAUCUGUGUAGUGACCUUUGACAGGUUGUGCUGUGCAGUGUUCUUUUUUUGGUGUUACUGAAAGGAUGUGGACCUCCACCUAUGUCAGUACAUUUCUUUGGUAGCAGUAUUAUUAUAUGUAUUAGAUAACCAUAAUUUAAUCAUCCUGUCCACUUAAAAUGAUGGCCAGUUUUAGAAAUUCUGAAAUAUAUAUAUACAUCUUUAGCCAUAUUUUGAUUGUGCAACUUUGAAGUAUUUUGUUUAGAUUCCCACAAGUGGAAUUAUUGGGUGAAAGGGUUAUGUGCAUUUUAAGUUUUGAUAGGUACUAAUCAGUUGCUCUUCAAAAGGCUGUACCAAUUUACAUGCAUAGGUCCUUACCUGAAUGUCAUUUUUUAUGUAUAAUAUCCCAUUAUAUGAACAUAUUGCUAAUUAACCAUUACUGCCAUAGGCCUGGGCAUAUUAUUUGUAUCUCACCACUGUAGUUGCCAUAUCUUGGUAUGUAAGUCUUUGUCCCCAUUGCUGGAGACUAGAUUCCUGGUGAACUCAUCCAGGGCUGUUUAUAUUUGAGGUUCCUGAUACACAUUGAUAGCCAAUACUUUUAUCAGUAUUCUUUUUAUCUAAGGAAUUUCAGUAUAUUUGAGAAAAGCAGGAAGACUUACAGUACUUAAUGUCUGUCACUGGUGGAUAAUAACCAGGAAAUGUGAUAACCGGAGAGUAAUAUUCCACACAGUGGAAAGGAUAAUGAGUUGAAAUCACAUGAAAGUAGGGGAAUUUAAAACUAGUUUCUGGCAAAAAGACGUGGAGCCUUUGAGUAAAUUUAAGUCUUUGCUUUAAUGCAGUGCUAACAGAUAGAUCUUGGAGGCCUUUGCAUCUUACUACCAGAAUUUAGCCAAUGGCACCAGUCAGGAAGGUGUUAAAAAAUACAGCACCAGGGAUGAGAUCACUCUCUAACAUGUUUGCUCUACAGCCCUGUUGCUAAGUAUUUGGCAGGGGAUCACAUUUAAGAAAAAUUUUUUGCUUUGAAGAUGGUACAUAAAAGUCUG